AUGUCGCUGGAAGAGUGUAAACGCAAGCGUGCAAACAUAAAACGAAACAUAUCACGCAUCAGAUCAAUUGUUGAUGUCAUUAAAGAUGCUGAGGACAAACCAUGGCAUGUCGAGCUACAAUGUCGUUUAGGAAUUUUAGAAUCUUAUUUUAAACAAGCGUUAUCUGUACAAGCUGAAAUAGAGGAUUUGGAUCCAACAGAUAAUGGUCGCGCGGAUUUGGAAGAUAGCUACGUCGCAGUUAAACAAAGAUUUCAAGCACAACUUGGCGAGGAUGUGAACAGUACUAAGGCAUUGCUUCCAACCUGGUCUCAGUGCACUCAGGUCUUGGAACGUCACUGCCAAUUUCUAUACUCAUCUGAAUCGUCUUUGCAGCGCAAAUCUGACUCAAACAAGCAAAAUCAGUCAGGGGCCCACAGUCAGAAGUCAUCGUUCGCCAUUACUAAACCUUGCUGCGUUCUCUGUUCUGGUUCCAAUCAUAAAAUCAGUAGUUGCUCGCAAUUCAAGGAGCUGAAUACCACUCAACGGUUCGACGCCGCAAAGCGGUACGAUCUGUGUAUCAACUGUCUUAGCAACGGACAUAGAAUCGCCCAGUGUCCGUCAAAGAAUCGUUGUCGCACAUGCAAUCGUGCCCAUCACACGAUGCUGCAUCACGACAACGCGUCUCAGUCACCAUCGACAGCAUCAUCAUCUACUACCUCAUCACAACCUUCGUAUUCUGCUCGAGCUCCGUGGAAUAAUGCAUCAUCACAAUCAUCCGAAUCGUUUAGUAAACAGCAAACGUACAACGAGGCACGCUCAUUGCAAGCAGCAACGCAUUCGCACAUGGAUUUAUCGGAGGGUGGUAACGUAAUUCUGGCAACGGCUAUGGUGCUCGUCAAAGACUCGACAGGCGCGUACAAACUUGGUAGAGCCUUACUCGAUUCAUGCUCCCAAGUAAACUUCAUCACCGAUGAUUUCGCUCAAAAACUUCGGCUUAGCAGAGAAAGGCAUUAUGUCGGCAUUCGGAGUAUUGGUGAAUCACUCACCAAUCUCAAGGCACGCACAACAACUACCAUCAAAUCACGCACUUCAUCGUUCGAACUUUCAUUGCAAUUUGGAAUUACUUCGCAAAUCGCAUAUCAACCUGACAGUGAAAUUGACACUUCAACUUGGAAUCUGCCAGCCAAUACCACAUUAGCAGACGAACUGUUCUUUAAACCGCGGCGCAUCGAUUUGUUGCUUGGCACAGAGGCCUUCUUCGACGCACUUUCUGUUGGUCAAAUACGACUGGGCUCUAACUUACCUACGCUUCAAAAAACUUUGUUGGGUUGGGUCGUUUCAGGCAGAUAUCAACGUCAACGUCAGGCGGUAUCUGCGUCUUAUCUGCUGUCAAACGAAAGCUCUAUCGAUGAAAAUCUACAGCUGUUAUGGGAGCUUGAAGCAGUCGACACAACAGUCAAACCGAUUCAGCCUGGACAUCGUAUAUGCGAAAACUACUUCUUAGCUACUACUCAUCAGGACGCUACAGGACGCAUAGUCGUAAACCUACCUUUCAAAGACAGUCCAAAUCGCCUAGGAAAGUCGCUUGACAUCGCUCGCCGCCGAUUUAUCGCAAUUGAAAGACGACUGCUUAAUUCACCUGACAUUCGACAACAAUACAUUUCGUUCAUUGAAGAAUACGAAGGUCUUGGUCACAUGUCUGCCGUUGCAGCACCUAAAUUGGAAGAAUCACACUACUACAUCCCCCAUCACUACGUGCUUAAGCCCAAUAGCGAAUCAACCAAACUACGAGUGGUGUUUGACGCCUCAUGUCGCAAUACAACACAAACAUCACUGAACGAUCUGCUGUUAGUGGGGCCUACAAUCAAGAGGAGCUGUAAAUUCUACUGUUGCGGUUCCGGUUAUAUCGAUAUACCAUAA